AUGAUUAAUUAGGAUAGAUCAUAGAGUAAUUUUUUAAAAGAGGAUUCUCAUUUACCUGUUGAAACAAUUCUUUAUUAAGGAAAGAAAUAUGUUCCAUUUUUUUUUGGUGGUUAAUAGGGAUAUUACACUGAUUAAUAACCUAUACCUCCAUAUGAUGCAUUUGAUAUGAUUUUAGAAGUUUUGGCAUUAAUCGAAUUAAUAUUGAUGUGGGUAUUCUUUAUACAACUAUAUAAUCAAGUAUAAAGUUAGUAUAAAUUGAUAGCUUGAUUUGGUGAUUCCUGUUUUUUAUAAUGCAUUGGGGGAAUAGACUGUAACAAGUGAUAAGAUUAUAUUGUUAGCAAUUCCUACUCUUGGAACAUUUUUUUUUGUUUUAUUAACUAUAUUAUCAUUAAUAACUAAUAGAUUUUAGUAUGAUUUAUAAGUGACACCAGAGAAUUCAAGAAUUGUAUUUUCAAAUACCAGAAAAUUAAUUCUUGUAUUUAAAGUAAUAACAAUAGGAUUGUACAUUUUGAUAUAAAUCUAGGUUUAUAUUCUUGAGUUUAGGUUCAAUUAGAGUGAUUUAAAAUGAGAUAAAUGGAUAUUUGAUGUCAUAUGUUGUAUUUGUAAUAAUAGUAUAUGGAUUAGCAUAUUACUAUUAUACAAUAGAAAUGGCUAAGAUAAUUUGA